CAACUUCAGAAAACAAGCAAAUUGCCUAAGCCUAGUAAUAUAUAAACAUACACUUGCAACCACUAUGUGCCUGAAUAAGGUAAAGCCAAUACUCAUAUAUAUACAUAUUCGUCCGACGCCAACCUCAUCUACAUCCUGCAGCCAUCCUUGUUCUUAUCUAUAACUAGCAAAACCAACCUCUUCAUCCUUACCUUGAUCUGACCUCAAAACUCUCUGUAGUUUCCAUUAUUAAAGCCACCAAAAAUGGCUGCAAACGAAGUACCUCUGCUCAACCUCUUUGAUUCCUUCUGGUUUGAACACGCAGUUUUCAGCUCCAAACCCCAUGCAGCAGCAGACAACAACCCAAGUCUACAACCGGACCAAGAAGAUCAAAUACGAAUCAAAGAGCCAAACCCUGCAGGAUUGCCAACCCUUGUCGUCAGGUCACUUAGUGACCAAUACCUUGACACCAAGUCGAGCUUCUUCUCUGAUUCAAGCCUCUCUCCUCACUCGGUUCUCCCCACUCGGUCACGGAAGCUCCAGACAAUCCCCUCCGGCAAAGAAGUACUCAUAGACUUCUCAAGAGAGAGUACUGUUCCUGUGAAACAAGCACUUGAGGUUGGAUCAGCACCAUUGAAGAAAAAGGUGUUGCACAAUGAAAGAUCAAAAACAAGGAAGAGAUCAGGGAGCAGCAAGAGCUUGUCGGACCUGGAGUUCGACGAGCUGAAAGGGUUUAUGGAUCUGGGGUUUGUGUUCACUGAGGAAGACAACAAGGACUCGAAUCUGGUUGCCAUAAUUCCCGGCUUGCAAAGACUGCGAGUUAGUGAUGAAGGUGAGGAACAAGAUAGAGAUCACGAAGAGAAGAGGAUUGAUGCAAGUCAUCAUCAUCAUCAUUCACAGGUUGUUUCGAGGCCUUAUCUGUCUGAAGCUUGGGAUGCUUUGGAAUAUCAAAGAAAAGAGAACCAAUUGAUGAACUGGAGAGUUCCAUCUGCUUUAGAUAAAGACAUGAAGCAUCACCUCAAGUUCUGGGCUCAUACAGUUGCAUCAACCGUAAGAUAACAUUAGCUGAGACUUAUUUUUUGUUCUUUCCAUUUUCCUUUUUUUAUUUUUACCAGCUAGGCUACAAUUUGUGGCCGUCGAUACAGAAUUUGUAAAUGUAAUAAGCCGAGUGUGAUACAUUUUGUGUGUGUGUUUAUUCUCCAAUUUUUUUUCUUCUAGAUUGUAAUGUUCUUUUAGUUCAUUGACAUUAGAAAUUGUAUGGC